UCGCGACUCCCAGAGCACGGAAUACGCUCCUGAUACGUUUCCGGCCAGUGACGCACUUCCACUUUGCUGGGCGCGCGGUGGACGGUCUGAAAAGCUGAGCGCGGAUUUGGCUAGGGCCUCGAGGCUCCAGAGCCCGGCAUGGCCUCCUCACGAGCCUCCUCCACGGCAACUAAAACUAAAGCACCUGAUGAUUUAGUUGCUCCUGUUGUGAAGAAACCACACAUCUAUUAUGGAAGCUUGGAAGAGAAAGAGAGGGAACGUCUGGCCAAAGGAGAGUCUGGGAUUUUGGGAAAAGAAGGACUGAAAGCAGGCAUUGAAGCUGGAAAUAUUAAUAUAACCUCCGGGGAGGUAUUUGAAAUUGAGGAGCACAUCAGUGAGCGGCAGGCAGAAGUCUUGGCAGAGUUUGAAAGAAGAAAGAGAGCCCGGCAAAUCAAUGUUUCCACAGAUGACUCAGAGGUCAAGGCUUGCCUUCGAGCCUUGGGAGAACCUAUCACACUUUUUGGAGAAGGUCCUGCUGAACGAAGAGAAAGGUUAAGAAAUAUUCUCUCAGUGGUUGGAACUGAUGCCUUAAAAAAGACAAAAAAAGAUGAUGAGAAAUCUAAGAAGUCAAAAGAAGAGUAUCAGCAAACCUGGUACCAUGAAGGGCCAAAUAGCCUAAAGGUGGCCAGACUAUGGAUUGCUAAUUAUUCACUUCCCAGGGCAAUGAAACGCUUGGAGGAGGCCCGUUUGCAUAAGGAGAUUCCCGAGACAACCAGAACAUCCCAGAUGCAAGAGCUGCACAAAUCUCUGCGGUCUUUGAAUAAUUUCUGCAGUCAAAUUGGAGAUGAUCGGCCAAUCUCCUACUGUCACUUUAGUCCCAAUUCUAAAAUGCUAGCAACAGCAUGUUGGAGUGGGCUUUGCAAGCUCUGGUCUGUCCCUGACUGCAGCCUCCUUCACACUCUUCGAGGCCAUAACACAAAUGUAGGAGCAAUUGUGUUCCAUCCUAAAUCCACUGUCUCACUGGACCAAAAGGAUGUCAACUUGGCCUCUUGUGCUGCUGAUGGCUCUGUGAAGCUUUGGAGUCUGGACAGCGAUGAACCAGUGGCAGAUAUUGAAGGUCAUACAGUACGUGUGGCUCGGGUAAUGUGGCAUCCAUCAGGGCGUUUCCUGGGCACGACCUGUUAUGACCGUUCAUGGCGCUUAUGGGAUUUAGAGGCUCAAGAGGAGAUCCUGCAUCAGGAAGGCCACAGCAUGGGUGUGUAUGACAUUGCCUUCCAUCAAGAUGGCUCUUUGGCUGGCACUGGGGGACUGGAUGCAUUUGGUCGAGUCUGGGACCUACGCACAGGACGUUGCAUUAUGUUCCUAGAAGGCCACCUGAAGGAAAUCUAUGGGAUAAAUUUCUCCCCAAAUGGCUACCACAUUGCAACAGGCAGUGGUGACAACACCUGCAAAGUGUGGGACCUUCGACAACGACGCUGUGUCUACACCAUUCCUGCCCAUCAGAACUUAGUGACCGGGGUCAAGUUUGAGCCUAUCCAUGGAGACUUCUUGCUCACAGGUGCCUACGAUAACACAGCCAAGAUAUGGACCCACCCAGGCUGGUCCCCAUUGAAGACUUUGGCUGGCCAUGAGGGCAAAGUAAUGGGCCUAGACAUUUCUUCAGAUGGGCAGCUCAUAGCUACUUGCUCAUAUGACAGGACCUUCAAGCUCUGGAUGGCAGAGUAGGCAAGACCAUGGAAGGACUUGGACCUUGUGCUCUCACCGAGGAGCCAUUUUCCUCAGAGGAAAAGAAUUGUAUUGUGUUCUAUCAUGUUUUCUGCCAAAUACCAUGUGUAGGAUUGGAUUUUCACAUCGACCCCUUCUGAGUAAUCCAGUCUCUAGGUGAUGGCAAACCCUUCAUGGUUAGAAUGCAAUUCUCAUCUCAGGUUCUGCCAUAAACUAUGUAGACACUGUUUAGACUCAUCACUUUUGAAUGCCCUCCCAUCUCUGUCAGUACUCGGGAUUGUGACUAUUCUUUCAUUUUUAAACUUUUAUUUGGCAUUUUGAGAUAGGGUAUGUCUAUUUAGCCCUGACUGCCUGGAACUGCCCUGUCUGUGUCAGGAGGCCUCACAUCUUAAGAGACCCUCCAGCUUCUGCCUUCCAAGUGAUAGCAUUACAGAAGUGUGCUGCUGGGCCUUACAGUUGCAUUUGUAAUGCUUGAAAUGUGGCUGUCUAUGACAUGGUAUGUGCUCCAUACUACAUGUGAUCCAGCAGGCAGAUAGCAGACUGCAUUUGAAACUCCCCAAGUUAAGAGGGCAUGUGGGAAGGCAGAAACAGGUGGUCCGGGUGGUCUCUGAGUUUGAGGCCAGCCAGGUCUACAGAGCGAGUUCCAGGACAGGCUCCAAAGCUACAGAGAAACCCUGUCUCAAAAAAAAAAAAAAAAAAACAAAAACAAAACAAAAAAGGGGGUGGGGUGGCAUUCCAUUCUGUGUAUUAGUUCAGUGAGUGGGGCCUGAGGGCAAGCUCCUCUCCUGCCCCUGAGAAUGUGAUGCCAAGCAGUAGGCUGCAGCUGCAUGAUGAUUCAGAAGCGAAGAUUUGGCCUCUUCCUAUGGAGUCUACAGAUAUGUUAACUGCAUCAGGGAACUCAGAACCGAACAUGUCUGCCUUGUUGGGAAAAACCUUCCAUUUUGCUUUGAAGUUUGGCAUCUUUUGAGAUAAAACAAGGCCAUUGUAUCCAGAUUCAAAGGAGUUUUUAGAAAACAAACAUGAUGUCUGGUACAACCUCCUUCCUGUUGAUAUUUAAAGGAUGUACUUUAUGUAUUAAAGGAUACUUCGUAUCAAAGUAAAUGGGGAAAAUCCCUAAUUUAUAUUUGGGUGUUCCCAAACAUAAGCAUUUUUUUUCUUUAUUAUAUACUUGCUGAGAGUAAAAUUCUACCAUAAAACUGUC